AUGCCAAGAGCCCCAAGAACCUACUCUAAGACCUACUCUACUCCAAAGAGACCAUUCGAGUCUUCUCGUUUGGACGCCGAAUUGAAAAUUGCCGGUGAAUAUGGUUUGAGAAACAAGAGAGAAAUUUACAGAAUUACUUUCCAAUUGUCUAAGAUUCGUCGUGCUGCCAGAGAAUUGUUGACCAAGGACGAAAAAGACCAAAAGAGAUUAUUCGAAGGUAAUGCCUUGAUCAGAAGAUUGGUCAGAGUGGGUGUCUUGUCUGAAGACAAAAAGAAGCUCGAUUAUGUCUUGGCCUUGAAACCAGAAGAUUUCUUGGAAAGAAGAUUGCAAACUCAAGUUUACAAGUUGGGUUUGGCUAAGUCCAUCCACCACGCUAGAGUUUUGAUCACCCAAAGACACAUUGCCGUCGGUAAGCAAAUCGUUAACGUCCCAUCUUUCGUUGUUAGAUUGGACUCUGAAAAGCACAUCGAUUUCGCUCCAUCCUCUCCAUUCGGUGGUGGUAGACCAGGUAGAGUCGCCAGAAGAAACGCCGCUAGAAAGGCUGAAAGCGGUGGUGGUGAAGAAGGUGGUGAAGAAAACGAAGAAGAAGAAGAAUAA